AUGGCAGAAGGAGGCUGUACAAAAACAGAGGAGGAGGAGGAGGGGCAGACCACUGAGGAAGACCCUCAGUCGUACUUUGGUGUGGGCGUGUGUAAGUGGUUUAAUGUCCGGAUGGGUUUUGGAUUCCUGUCCAUGACCACGCGGGAUGGUGUGCCUUUAGAAACACCAGUCGACGUGUUUGUUCACCAGAGUAAACUGUACAUGGAUGGAUUUCGGAGUCUGAGGGAGGGUGAAGCCAUUGAAUUUACAUUUAAAAAGUCCUCCAAAGGUCUUGAGUCUUUGCGAGUGACCGGACCUGGAGGAGCUCACUGUAUGGGCAGUGAGAGGAGACCUAAAGGCAAGAGCGUCCAGAAACGCCGGCCCAAAGGAGACAGGUGUUACAAUUGUGGUGGUCUGGACCAUCAUGCCAAAGAGUGCAAGUUACCUCCUCAACCCAAAAGGUGCCAUUUCUGCCAAAGUGUUUCCCAUAUGGUCGCCAGCUGCCCUGCAAAAGCUCAGGGAAAGCCUGUUUCUGUGAAGGGGGACCCACUACUACAUGCAGGGAGUACCGACUGAGGCGGUGCAAAAUCAAAGCUUAAAGGCCAAACAUAUCACUUCACUGUAAAAGGCUGAUGCAACUUAAAAGGUUACUUCAAAUGGUAACACCUAAAGUAAUUUUUUAAGUUAAUCCAAUGUUUCACAUUUUACAGUGUAUACUGAAAAAAAAUGUUGCCUUUGGAACUUAAGUUUAUAAAAGCAACAGAAGAGAAUUACUGAAUGUCAUUUUUAUUACGGUAUAAUACUCAGGAAUAGGUUUGCUCUCAGGAAUUUCAUAGAAACAUUUUUGCAAUAGAAGUAACUACUAAAUCAACAGAAUCGUGUAGUUCUUAUUCAUUGUUCUUCACUGAAUUAUUAUACAAAUAGUUGCUCCUUUAAUGUCUUUUUCAGAGGUUUGUCUAUUGAAUGUAUUAUGUGAUUGUAUGAUAAUGUUUUGAUGAGAAUUUGGGGUCAAGUUGAACUGGGGCUUUGGCCAGUUUUUGCAAUAGACUGUCAUGAUCACUAGGGGACAAAUGAAUGUAAAACCGCUGCAGUGAAUCUCUUGACCAGCAACGUCUUUUAAACAAACUCAGAUCGGUUGUUUAUGUAGAUGCUAGAUCUUUGAUUAUUUUAUUUUUAUAGCAGUUUUCACAAUGUGCAAUGUUGCAUUGUUAAAAAGUUUGCACAGAAAAAGGAUAAAGAUAAUGAAACAGGAAAAUCUUAAAAAUAAUAUAUGGGAAAAUAUACAAAACUUGAUUUUAGACAUGAAAGUUAUUAAUCAUUCAACUUUUAUCUCUAAACUGCAGCCUACAGUGAAAAUCUUGGCUUGAUAUUUGUUAAAUAUCAGCCUUAAUAAUCUGCUGAUCUGUAUUUUCUAGUAAUAUAUUUUGUUAUUUGUCUUUGAGAAUUGGCCUCAAUGUUGUUGUUUUGUUUUCUGUUUUUGGAAAGAAUGAGAUAAAAAUAAGUUCUUUAUUUGAUCAAAUGUUGUCCAUUGAAUCUGUCCUCCAGCUGCCUGUAUAUUCAAUUUAACAGCCCAUUUAACAAAAAGAGCUGGACGACUUUAAAAACAUAUUAGUCUUAGUAUUUAUUUAUAGCAACAUCUAACAUUAUCUGAAUUAAUUCCAGAGUAUUUCAAGCAUCUUUUUUGUGCCAUAAAUCAGGUGAUAUUGAGAAUUUUGAUUUGUUUCUACUCUUUGUUUGUUUUUCUUAACUUUAUUUGCAGUUCUGUGGAUGAAUACCUAAUGGUUCAUAUUAUGAUCUUUUUAAAGGGUACUGCACCCAGUAAAAGAUGGGGUACAUAUUUAAAAAAAAUAAUAAUAAUAAUUGUGUACCUGAACUACUAUUAUAUGCAAUCAUAUUAAAUUUCAUGUUUUUGUGUUGA